AAACCUCCUAAGCAGCAUGAGGCGAUAUGAGAGUCGUCGGGCGGCGCGCUACCGCCAUGUCAUCUAAAGAGAAACAAUUAGCGCUUUUGACUGUUUUAGGUCUAGUUCUUCUAGUUUUUUACUAUAUACCUACCUUUAUUUACGCAACUUUAAUUCUAGUGGUUUGCUGUUUUGCCUUAUACUAUCGCGGCGGAGAACAACUUCCCGCCAGGCUAGGCCCGAAUCCUCGGGUUGGGCUAAACGUCCCAGCCGUGUUCCGGCGUUGGUUUCCGGCCUGGGAGACGACCGGCGUGUCGGUGGCUGCACGGGGGAGACCUAAAAGCAGCAGCUACAGAAGUGAGCUCCGGGAAACAGAGGGACAUUCAACACAAAGACACAGUGAAACCAGAAUUUAUCGGGGGGAAGCUUUGGCAAGCGACUCGUUUCUUUUCAGUCCGCGGGAUUUUCUAAUGGGGAGUUAUAUCGGAAAACCGGAAAGUCCUAGCACCGACUCUGGGAGGCCAAGAGCGGCGAGAAACCCACGAGAGCAGCUGCGGGAAAGGCUGGCCAGACCCAACCAUGCCGUGUACACCCCAAACAGGAGGCUUUCAUUCGCUGGUGAGCCACCGGGUCCCACGGCCAGGUUCACCAUCACCCCUCAGCGUCACUACCCUCUGCAGCAGCCAGGCGUCUCCUCCGUGGGUCUCCUUCCCCCCGUCAGUUGGGACGGCUUUAGGAAGAAGAAUGUCCUGAGUCCUCGUAACUCCCCAGCUCCCCUCAGCCCUGUCACAGUGAAGAUCGCCAGGCCCGACCAGAGGAACCCCAGUGUGAAUCAUCUGAGCUGUGCUGGGCUGACCCGCACCCCUGCAGACCCCUGCUCCAGAGAGAGCGUCCUGAGGGUGCUGAAGGAAAGUCGCAAGAGAGAAGUAGAAGAUGAGGACAGGAGCUUCACAACAGCGCAGAAAAGCAAAAGAAGGCGUAAUGACAGCGAUGGAAGUGCACACUCUGCCUUUGAGCCUCUGCUGCCCAAUGGAGCUCCAUCCCAGCUGGUCCCCAAACCAGGGACCCUAAAAAGAGGCAUGACGUCGGCGACCGAUGAGACCUCCAUGAAGAGGUCCCGCACCUCGUCCAUCAGCUCAGGGACUGGGAUCCAUGCUCCAAGAGGAACCCCUGGCAGCAGGAGAAACGCCAUCCAAAGCUCCUACAGCUCCUCGGUUGGCCUCAGUCAGUGGAAGAAACCCUCUGCUCCCAGCUCUCCUCUGUCCAGCCCCGAGUCAUCUCGCUCUCAGACUCCAGAUGGAGUCUCGAAAAGACUCAGAGAGGAGGACAUUCAGUCUCCCAGCUCAGCAUCUUCUGUGAGGUCAGAUCACACCACAUUGGAUAAAACGCCUGACACUUCAAAACAAACUCCAACCCCCAAAUUCCCAGUCAAAACUCCACUGGACUCAACAGGAAGUGGUGGGAAGAGAAAAAGAAAGAUUCAGCUGGUGUCCAGCAAUAGAGAUGAUCAUAUCACUCUGCCUCCACCCCCUGAGCUGGGUUACACCAUCACCGCUAAAGAUCUUGACGAAGAGAAGAAGGCAGCCAUCAGUAAGAUCCAGAAGGUCCUGGAGACCCCUGCCCCAGAACCAGAGCAGUCAGCAUCUCCAGCAGCACCCACCUCCACUCAGCCUGCUGCAUCCACCAUCACCACCCUGAGUAGCCUCCUGGCAGCCCCUCUGCCUACAUCCAGCUCCGUCGUUCCAGUAAUCAACCUAGAUCCCAGCCCAAGCAGCAGUUCAGCCCCUGCAGUUGCCAACACUCUGCUGGAGGCCCUGAAGAUGAAGAUAAGCGUCCCUGCUAGCUCCACAUCAGCAACAAGCACAGCAUCUGUAUCAGCCACACCUGCAUCUGCCCCUACCUUUAAACUGACAACAUCCACCAUAGCCCCCACAGCGCCCCCUGCCUCUCAGUCUCAACCACCUUCUGCUGGUGUUGUAAGCCAACCGUCUGCCUUCACUCAGGUGCUGGCUCAGGUCUCCAAAGCUCCCACUAGCAUCCCGGCUGCUUCCUUAACAGGACCUACCCUGUUUGGGCUGUCAAACCAGCUCAGCACCACCUCUGCUCCUUCAGCCUCCACCGCUGCUGCCCCCGCCAGCAGCUCCCAGCCUGUCAGUACCACAAACCCUCUUCUGACUGCGGGGUUCAAGCCCAUCUUUGCUGCCGCCACCACCACCUCCUCAGCUGCAGCCUCUUCAGAAAGCAAACCUCUUCUCCACAAUUUCAAGCCCAUCUUUCCACAGCCCUCCCCCGUCUCAGCCACCUCCACAGCCUCCACCCUCUCUGCGAGCAGUACAACCUCGGUAUUCAGUCUGACAACAAGUAGCUCCACCGUCGCCCCGUCUUCUUUCUCUGGGUUUAAUAACACAGCUGCUGGCACCGCCUCUCUGGGCACAGUCACAACUAGCCAGUCUGCAGGCCAACCAGUGGCUAAAUCCCUCUUUGGAAACUGGCCUGCUCCAUCCACAACCAGCAGCGGCGCUGCUACGACGCAGCCCUCUAGCACAGGGAACACAUUUCAAUUUGGGGCUGCAGCCACCACCACUGCAGCAGCCAGUGCUGCAUCUACAGCCACAACCACCACCUCUAAUACGACGGGCUUCAGCUUUGGAAGCACGCAGCCUGAUCCUCAGGCUCCUAAAGUGUUUUCCUUCGGUCAGAACACAACCAGCCAAAACACAACCACUGCUUCGUUUGGAGGCUUUGCUAUGGCCAACACCACUUCCUCUGCUGCCCCCACCUCCACCACCCAGUCCACUUUCCCCUUUGGAAAGCCAGCGUUUGAAGCACCAGCGACACAGUCCACCUUCGGCUCCUCUGCUGCACCUCCAAACGCCUCCUUUACCUUUGGUACGGGUGGAGCUUCAUCCACACCCGCCGCCACCGCCUCCUCAGCUCCAGCUCCUUUUAGCUUUGGGGCUGCUGCUAACACUGCUACCACCACUGCAGCUCCCAGCUUUGGGACUCCAGUUAAACCAGCUUUUGGAGCCACUGGUUUUGCUUUUGGCACCAACUCGUCUCAACCUCCAGCUGCACCAAGUUUUGGUGCAGUGACGCAGACACAAAGCUCCUCCUCGAACACGUUCGCGUUUGGAAAUAGCGCCCCACAGCCGGCUCCCUCUGGAUCGGCCCCCGCUGCCACUGGUGGGUUUAACUUUGGAGCCAGUAUGCCAUGCCAGCAGUUUGGGACUCCAGUUUCCAGCAAUCCUGCUCCACAAAUGGGAAGCUUCAACUUCGGGGCUGCGGCAGCUUCUGACAAACCAGCUUUUGGGACAUCGACUCCGUCAUUUGGCCAGGGUGCUACUCCAGGCCCCCUUCCCUUCGGAAGUCCUGCAACUCCAGUCCAAGGCUUUAAUCCUGUACCCUUCGGGUCCCCUGCGACUCCCACCUUCUCUAUCGGAGCCGGAUCGAAGCCGUCUGGAGCUCGCCAGAGGCUGCAGGCGCGACGGCACAACAGGAAGAAGUAGCCAACAUUUCGAACGCAUCCAGCGCCGUUAUCAGAGGACGAUGGCUCAUCAGACUAAUACGGCUCCAUGGUUUUAGCUUCAACAUCCUCCAAUCGGGCUGUCACCAUCCCCUCAUGGUUUCCUUCCUGUCCUGUACGUGCUGGCCCAGACCAUUGGGUUUGCAGAGGAGUUAAAUUCCCCCCAGCUUCCUGAGUUCAUGCUGCCUGAAUAAGGGAACGUCUCGGCAGGAAGAAAGGAUCCACAACAAUGUGCUAUACUUGAAGAACGACAGAACAGUCAAGUUUUUUUUGGUUCUGAACAGAAGUAAAUCCAAAGUUUCUUUUUCCUCGUCACAGUACACAGACACUCCUACUGAUUGCUUUAGAGGAGACGGCUGAGCGUCGACUCAGACGUUUAUUUUUUUACGUGAUCUCUGGUUUGUAUGUUACCGAAUGUUUGAACACAUCGAGUCUGAAUAAGAGAAGUGCACAGCUGAUUCAGAUGAGGUAUAUGCGUGAAAAUGUAAUUACAUUUAAAUUAUUUUUUUAAUUGGCGCUCUGACCUUGUAAAAGAAUGAAUGAAUGACGUUUCUGCACUGAAGGUGCAGCUCGGCUUAAUGUCUUAACGUAGUUUUUAGCAGGCUCUCAUGCUCUGAUUUCAUACCAGUAAACAUUCCCAGAGUCCUCCCAUGGAUGGCCUUUUUCCUUUUUCUCCCUUUUUACGUUUUGUUUUCCGAAGCGUUUGCCAACACUGAUGUAACUAGCGGGUCAGUUUGUGAUUAGGAUGACUACUUCUGACCUGUGCAGACAAACCAAAGCCAACUGUUCAACUUCAUGCCUGUGAAAAGAAUCUGUGAUUUCCGCUUCACCUUUAAAUGCUGAGAUGUAUUUCUUUGUGCCAGACUACCUCUUUUUGUUUUUAAUCCCAGGCACUGAAAUGUUUUGUUGAUUGAUGGAUUGGGUUUCAAUUUUAGCUACUGAGCUGUGCACAUGGAUUCAAAAUAUCUGCACAAUUCAUUACUCCCGAUUUCAAAUAUGUUGUUGUUACAGUGGUUUACUCAAUGUUGACCUGGCGCAAGGCUGUUUUCAAACGGACUGGAUUGAGACAGUUGUGUACUCACGUUUGGCUGAAGUGUUAGGAUACGAGGAGUUUGUUUUUAAUGUAUUGCACCAUGUUUUCUGGACAUUUUUGUCGGGUCUUUAUUUCAGGUCGGCUGUUUCAUCAAAAUGGUUUGUUUUCUCGGUAAUAACCGCUCUUUUUGUGAGACCCGAAUAGCAUCUGAGUUAGUUUAUGGCAUUUUUUUUCCCUGAAUAAAUAAAAUCAGAGUUUGAUAAUUGAAUGUUCAGUCUUAACAUAAAUCUCUUAAGUUUUGGGUGUUUUUCAGAGUUGGGUGAUUGGUGUCUUGAUUUAUUUUUAAGUGAAUUGAUUGUAGGACUACACUUUGUUAAAUUGAACAUAAAAAUGUGUAAAAAUGAAA